AUGAGUCCUUUCUCCUACGAAUCGAACACCCCUCUCAAUUUCACGCAGCGGUACGACACGCUCAGCGAUAUCCAGUCGGUGGACGGUGGCUUGACUUUCCCACCAGAAACGCCGUCAGUCUCGGGCCAUCGCACGACGAGUCGCGUGUUACGCUCUUACACCUCGCGAGGCUGCAAUGGCAUGAUACAGGCGGAUACAGACAGGCUCAGCUUCCUCCCGCUGGCCGAGUGGGACGAAUACAACAGCUAUGAAGAGGACACACCGAGCCAUCUGCGCUACUCGAUUGAGUGGAAGAUAGCCGUCAACAAUAGAGCCAUCGCCAAGGACAUAGAGCAGGAUGUCGUCUUAGCACCUGCUAUGUACUGGCGCAUGUACCUUCAGGCCAAGGUUGAGAAGCUUAUAGACAAGAAGCUGCCGCGCAGCAGCCACGUAGAGCUGGACGAUAUUAGCGUUAUAGUAUUAGUGAAAGACCGCUCAGAGAGCGACUUAACAAGGCGGUUUGACGACAUGAACAUUAACUAG